AUGGUUUCUAAAAUUGCAAUUAUUGGUGCAAAUGGUAAAAUCGCCACUGAAGUAAUUCAAAAAUUAUUAAAUCAUAAAGAUAAAUAUGAAACAACUGCAUUCAUUAGAUCAAAAGAACAAAUUUCAAAAUUUGAAAAAAUAGGUAUCAAGUAUUCCACUGAUAUUGACCUUGUUGAAUCAAGUCUUGAAUCAAUAACCAGAGCUUUAAAUGGAUUUGAUAUUAUUAUUUAUAGUGCUGGAUCUGGUGGGAAUGGUUUAGAUAACACAUUUGCCGUAGAUUUAGAUGGUGCAGUUAGGAUAAGUGAAGCUGCAACUAUAAUCAAAGCUAAAAGAUUUAUUUUAGUUAGUGCAAUUCAUUCACAAGAUCGUUCAUGGUGGUGGAAUUCACCUUUAAGAUCUUAUUAUAUUGCAAAGAAAUAUGCAGAUGAUGUUAUCUCUUCCAAUGAUGAGCUUAAUUGGACAAUUUUACAACCUGGUUAUUUGAAAGAUGAUGAAGCAAAGGGGAAGAUUUUGGAUCCAAAUACAGUUAACUCACUUUCUAAUGAUAUUAAUGAUCCAAAUGUUAAUAUUACUAUAUCAAGAAAAGAUGUGGCACAAGUUAUUUUAGAAUCUUUAACAGAUAAAUCAACUAUUAAGAAAUUCAUUCCUUUACUUGAAGGUGAUUUAGAGAUUAAAGAAGCAUUGAGGAAAUUGUAG